ACAGGCGCCAGUUCUUGAUGAACGUUCGUUUACAGUUGCUUCAAAAAUCUUACUCUUAUCAAAGUGCAAAAAACCCAACUCCGAUUUUCGAAAUUUCCAUUUGUAAAAAUGCAAAUGCCAACACCAAUUCGAGCUCCUACAUGGGUGUCAAGACGAAGACAUUUCGAGCAAAAAUUAUGGGACUUAGAUAAAUGCAAAGACAUUAACCAACUGAAACAAAUGCAAGCAUUAGUAUACAAAUCCAAUCUUCAACAAGACCCUUUUAUUGCACCCAAGUUAAUUGCUGCUUUCUCUCUUUGUCGACAAAUGGGUUCUGCUUUAAAGGUUUUUAGUCAAGUGCAUGACCCUAAUGUGCAUUUAUAUAAUUCUUUAAUAAGAGCUCAUAUUUACAACUCUCAACCAUCUCAAGCUUUUGCUACUUUCUUUGAUAUGCAGUGUUCUGGUAUUUUCCCUGAUAAUUUUACGUUUUCGUUUCUUUUAAAGGGUUGUUCGGGGAAGUGUUGGUUGAGUGUUGUGAGUAUGAUUCAUACCCAUGUUGUGAAAUGGGGAUUUGAUGAAGAUAUUUAUGUGCCUAACUCGUUAAUUGAUGCGUAUUCAAAGUGUGGGUUGGUUGGUGUACGAGCUGCAGGUCAGUUGUUUAGGGAAAUGAAGGAAAGAGAUGUUGUUUCUUGGAAUUCCAUGAUUAGUGCGUUGUUGAAAGUUGGGGAUUUGAGUGAAGCACGGAAACUGUUCGAUGAAAUGCCUCAAAGAGAUAGGGUUAGUUGGAAUACUAUGUUAGAUGGAUAUACCAAGGCUGAGCAAAUGAGUGUGGCAUUUGAAUUGUUUAAAAGUAUGCCACAGAGGGAUGUUGUGUCUUGGUCCACUAUGGUUUCGGGUUAUUGCAAAGCAGGGGAUUUGGAGAUGGCUCGGACGUUAUUUGAUAAGAUGCCUGAAAAGAAUCUGGUCACGUGGACGAUAAUGAUAUCAGGAUAUGCUGAAAAGGGUCUUGUAAAGGAGGCAAUUGGGUUGUAUAUGCGAAUGGAGGAGACAGGUUUGAGGCUUGAUGUUGCCGCUUUUGUUAGCAUUCUAGCUGCCUGUGCAGAAUCGGGCAUGCUUAGUUUGGGUAAACGAGUGCAUGAUACCAUCGAAAGGAGUAUGUACAAGUGUAAUACUUUGGUUUGUAAUGCCUUGAUUGAUAUGUAUGCCAAGUCUGGAUGUUUGCAUAAGGCUUAUAAAGUCUUUAACGGGCUGAAAAAGAGAGAUUUGGUAUCUUGGAAUGCUAUGAUACAUGGGUUGGCUAUGCAUGGACAUGGGAAGAAGGCACUUGAGCUUUUCUUUAGGAUGAAGCAAGAAGGAUUUGUGCCUGAUAAAGUGACAUUAGUCGGUAUUUUGUGUGCUUGCAAUCAUACUGGUUUGGUGGAUGAGGGAAUAAUUUAUUUCUAUUCCAUGGAGAGAGAUUAUGGGGUAAUACCUGAAGUAGAACAUUAUGGUUGUCUUAUUGAUCUUUUAGGUCGUGGUGGCUAUAUUAAAGAAGCUUUCGAACUUGCACGAAAGAUGCCACUUGAACCAAACGUUAAAAUUUUUGGUUCCCUUUUAGGGGCUUGCAGGAAGCAUAAAGCCGUUGAACUUGCAGAUGAUGUGCUUAACCUCCUAGGUAAAUUAGAGCCUAAAAAUGCUGGAAAACUUUCCGGAUUGUCAAAUAUUUAUGCUUCGGAAGGAGACUGGGAUAAUGUUGCUAACAUAAGGUUGAUGAUGAAGAGCAUUGGCAGGCCAAAGCAAUCUGGUGCUAGCUUAUUAGUAUUGAAUGAUGAAUACCGUGAAUUCACCGUGAUGGAUAAAUCUCACGUCAAAUCAGACAAGAUUUAUCAGAUGGUAGACAGAUUAGGUCAUCAUCUUAAAUUGCUUUCUCCUGUUCCAGCUGGUCUUUGCGAUGAAUGAUGAGUUUGAUGAACUGAGAUGGGUCAUCUUACACCAGACCAGAUAUAAUAGAUUUAUGCAGUAAAUCAACACCUGUUGUAAAUAGUUUUCCCAGAUAACUAUCAUGUAAUGACACAAAGCUGCCCAAAUCAAGAUAAUACUGAAAAACACUUUUCAUGGUCAAUGUUUGUGUAUAUACAUAACUCAGUGGAACAUACAUUUUAGAUAAUAAUGAGUUGGAAACACGCACUGUUAUGUAGUCUGUCAUAAUGAAGCUAUACUUCCGGUUCA